CUGGGGAAGGUCAGGCUGCUGGAGCGGCGCCAGCCGGGCGGGGAGACGAUUGAGCUGACGCAGGAGGGGCGCGCAGUGGAGGUGUUGGAGAAGCACCAGCCGGUCGUGGACUGCACCUGCUUCGGCCUCCCGCGCCGGUACAUCAUCGCCAUGCUCUGCGGCUUCGGCUUCUGCAUCAGCUUCGGCAUCCGCUGCAACCUGGGCGUGGCCAUCGUCAGCAUGGUCAACAACAACACGGUGUACAGGGGCGACAAGGUGGUGGUGGAGAAAGCCCAGUUCACCUGGGACCCCGAAACGGUUGGGAUGAUUCACGGCUCCUUCUUCUGGGGCUACAUCGUCACACAAAUCCCCGGGGGCUUCAUCGCCCAGAAAUUCGCUGCCAAUCGGGUGUUUGGCUUUGCCAUUGUGGCCACCUCGACUCUGAACAUGCUGAUCCCGUCGGCCGCCCGGGUUCACUACGGCUGCGUCAUCUUCGUCCGCAUCCUGCAGGGGCUGGUGGAGGGGGUGACGUACCCAGCCUGCCACGGGAUCUGGAGCAAGUGGGCCCCCCCUCUGGAGCGCAGCCGCCUGGCCACCACGGCCUUCUGUGGCUCCUACGCGGGCGCAGUGGUGGCCAUGCCGCUGGCCGGGGUCCUGGUCCAGUACUCGGGGUGGAGUUCGGUCUUCUACGUCUAUGGCAGCUUUGGGAUCUUCUGGUACAUGUUCUGGUUGCUGGUUUCCUAUGAGAGCCCAGCUCAGCACCCCACCAUCACGGAGGAGGAGCGCCGGUACAUCGAGGAGAGCAUCGGGGAGAGCGCCAGCCUCAUGAACCCCCUGGUGAAAUUCAAGGCCCCCUGGCGCAAGUUCUUCACCUCCAUGCCCGUCUACGCCAUCAUCGUCGCCAACUUCUGCCGCAGCUGGACGUUCUACCUGCUGCUCAUCAGCCAGCCGGCCUAUUUCGAGGAGGUCUUCGGCUUCGAGAUCAGCAAGGUGGGCCUGCUCUCCGCCCUGCCCCACCUGGUCAUGACCAUCAUCGUCCCCAUCGGGGGGCAGAUCGCGGAUUUCCUGCGCAGCCACAGGAUCAUGUCCACCACCAACGUCCGCAAGAUGAUGAACUGCGGAGGCUUUGGCAUGGAGGCGACUCUGCUGCUGGUGGUGGGUUAUUCCCACAGUAAAGGCGUCGCCAUCUCGUUCUUGGUCCUUGCUGUGGGCUUCAGUGGCUUUGCUAUUUCAGGGUUCAACGUGAAUCACCUGGACAUCGCCCCACGUUACGCCAGCAUCCUCAUGGGCAUCUCCAAUGGGGUGGGCACCCUCUCGGGCAUGGUCUGCCCCAUCAUCGUUGGGGCCAUGACCAAGCACAAGACGCGGGAGGAGUGGCAGUACGUGUUCCUCAUCGCCUCGCUGGUGCACUACGGGGGGGUCGUGUUCUACGGGAUCUUCGCCUCGGGCGAGAAGCAGCCCUGGGCCGAGCCGGAGGAGACCAGCUCCGAGAAAUGCGGCUUCAUCCACGAGGACGAACUGGCCGACGAGGAGGACGAGGCCGCCCGGGGGGCGGGCGACGGGGGCGGGGGCGGCUACGGGGCCACCAAGAGCACCAGCUUCGCCAACGGGGGCUGGGCGGCCGACUGGGACAAGAAGGAGGAGUUCGUGCAGGAGCCCGGCAAGGACACCUACAUGUACGGGGCGCCGCGGGAGAGGGACCUGUCCUAG